GAGAGGAUCACGUGAUUCACAGGAUCGCCUCUUGGAACUGCAGCUUCAGGGCGGAAUAAUGUUAGUCGGCAGAUUUUUAAACAUAUGUUUUAAGGGAAUUUAGUGCUGUUAAAUCGCUGAUACGAUCCGUUUUAGUUUAAACUUUAGCUUCGUGGUUUUACAAACAUGGAAGUUCUCCUUCAGUUGGGCGGGAAAGCGCGACCAACCGUCACCCCUGACCGUUAGAGCGCCAUCCGCGUGACCAAGGUGGACGCCGGCGGACAGGUGACCCCGAGUGCGAGGACGUCGGGACACGCAAGUGAGGAAAAAACCAGGUGGAAGUGAGUGAAAAGGCUCAUGACGGCGGGAAGAGAGGCUCGCGCGCGCGGCCCCCGUUUUUUUUUCUUCUGCCGUUCCUGUUAGUGUAACCCUGAAGGCGGCGGAGGAGGCGUUUGGCCAGGAGGGUCCCAGCAGGAGGUUAGAGGAGGAACCACAGACGCUUUUCUGUCGUUCCCCGUGUUCUCAGACCAAUGGAUCCUAAGGGGGGUUGGAUUCCCUGUCACUCCAGCAGGAGGCGUUUGUUUCAAGACUCUGAGUCUUUGGACCGCUGCAUCCAGGCGGCUCUGGCAGACCUCUACCCCCCCUUCCAGGCCACAUCCCCAACCGUCCUCUGUCAGGUCCUCAGCGUGGUGGAGAGCUGCUUCAGGGGGGACGGCCUCCAGUACCUGAUCCACUUCCUGCUUCCAGCAAAGCAGCUCCUACAAAGCGUGCAGCAGGACGCCUGCCUGCCGUUCAGUGGGUUGCUCUUCCGUCAUGAAGGCUGGCCUCUCUGCAUCCAUGAGAAGAUAGUCGUUCAGCUCUGUCCUCUGGACCCCCGCCUCCUCCAACCAGGAGACUUUUACCUGCUUGUUUCUCCUCCCGCUGCUCCGCCCAUUUCUCGAUCGCGCUACACUGCCCCCUGCAGGAGAAGUGUGACCCCACCCCCCCGCCUGCUCCUGUGCAGCUGUUUGGCUGCGGGCCCCGAUGUGGAGCAGCAGGAGGUGACCACCGUUGCUCUGAGGACGCUCUUCACCAUGGCCUGGCUGGACUCUGUCAACAGGGACAGGGAGCAGCGAGGGGGGCCCCGGUUGGAGCGCUGCCUUCUGUCUGCGCACGGGGACGUCUUCAGGGUCCCCUGGGAGGAUUUGGUCUACCCACAAUUCAUCAGUCGCACCAACCACAGGGAUGACGAGAAGACGUCCGUGAAGAGCAGAGACACUAACUCGCACGGUCAGGAGGUGGAGGUCCUCCCCUCCAGAAGCAGCCAAUCAGCAGCAAGCAGUGAUGGCGAGGAGUCGGAGGGGGAGUACGUGGAGCUAACUGAGCUCCCGCGCUUCUCCCCCCAGAAAGGAUCUUUAACUCAGUCCAUCAGCCUGCAGAACCGAGCCAGAAGCAGCAACCAGAUCUGUGCGCACACACGCACCUAUGCAGCAACGCACAUGUGCAGGUCCGGUUCUCAGGCGGAACCAGCAGAAGGUACCGCUUCACACAAGGACACUCUGAAUCUGCAUCCUGAAACUGAAACCUGCACCAAACUGGAAGAGGGUGGGAAGGAAGAGGAGGGCAGGGGGCAGGAGGAGCUCAGGUGUGAAGCUGUUUGUGAAAAAGAAAAGAGGAAAGGGGAGGUGAAAAAGGAGCAGCAGUUAGAAACCAGGAGGCCAGAGAUUGAGGAGAAAAGUGAUGAGAAGGUGAAAGGUGGAGGUGAAGAGUUACCAUUGAUAGCAGAGGAGGCGGAGAUUAAGGUGGAGAUGCGGGAAGAAACAGAGGAGGAGAGGCAAGUGACCACAGAAAGAAGGAAGGAAGGAAGAGAUGGAGGGAAAGAAAUGACGGAACAAAGAGAAACAUUUCAGGACUCUUACUUUGAAAGGAUUACAGGGGAGACUAAACAUGAAGGCUCUUAUUCUGGAAGUUUUCCGCAAGAGGAAUUUUAUUUAGAUGAUGUCCUGAAACAGAAACCCAUAGAAAUAUCUUUUAGUGAAAAUAAAGCGCAACAAAGCUGUACAGAAGGAUUUUAUUUUGAAAACAACAGUUUACAAAUAUGUCCUGAGAGCUCUUAUUCUGAAGGUGCACAAGAGCCAGUCCCUCAGAACUCUUAUUCUGAAAGUAAUAAGCAAAUUAACCUUAAGGACUCUUACUUUGAAGUUACUGUUCAAACAUGCUGCUCCAGGGACUCUUAUUUUAAAAAUCCCCUACUUAAAUAUACUGAAAAUGGAGGGCCACAGGCUGAAGACUUUUACUCCGAAAACGCAUUACUAGUCCAAGCACAGAAGCCUUAUUUUGAAAAUAAAGCGCUACAUGAUAAUACCAUGUCUAAAAUCACAACUCGAGCAGACUGUCAAGACUCUUAUUCUGGAAAUACAGUAGAAACACAGCCAGAGGACCCUAAUUCUGAAAAUAACCAACAGCAAACACAGCCUGAAUACUUGACACCUGAAAGCACAAUACAAGCUCAACCUGAGGACUCUUAUUCUGAAAGUGUACUGCUAACACAACCUAGGGACUCUUAUUCUGAAAGUGUACUACUAACACAACCUAGGGACUCUUAUUCUGAAAGUGUACUGCAAACACAACCUGGGGACUCUUGUUCUGAAAGUGUACUGCAAACACAACCUGCGGACUCUUAUUCUGAAAGUGUACUGCAAAAACAACCUGGAAACUCUUAUUCUGAAAGUGUACUGCAAAAACAACCUGGAAACUCUUAUUCUGAAAGUGUACUGCAAACACAGCCUAGGGACUCUUAUUCUGAAAGUGUACUGCAAACACAGCCUGGGGACUCUUAUUCUGAAAGUGUACUGCAAACACAACCUGGGGACUCUUACCUUGAAAGCACAAUUCAAACGCCUUUUAAAGACUCUUAUUCUGAAAGGACGGCACCAACUUCAUCUGAAGACUCUUAUUUUGAAAAUAAUUCAAAAAACGCCUGGCCUGAGAACUGCCAACAUGGAAGUACAGCAGAGGCACACCCUGAGGGCUCUUAUUCUGAAGGUGUUCCACAAUCUGAGGACCAUUAUUUUGAAGGCAGGGGCUUCACCAGACCUGCUGUGGAGUCCGGCUCUCUUCUUGGUUCUGAUCCGCGGCAGAGUCCCCUCGCACCUGCAGCCAGUCCAGGUCCAACGCAGCCCAAAGGCUCUUAUUCCGAAGGCGGGCAGCGUGGGGGGGGUGAAGCUGCUGGAGGAGGAUCUGCAGAGCAUCAGCAUGAAGACGUCUCCAGCGAACCUCCUGCUGUCCCAUCAGCAGCUCAGCGUCCAACAGAACCAGAACAUCCACCAGCUGCUCCCACUGUAACAGUUCAGAACCCCCAUUCCAGUUUCCACAGUGUCCUGCUGAAGUCAGGAGCCGUCUGUCUGCCCGGAUCGAGAGACCGAGGGGGGCGGGCCCUGCUCACUGUUUGCCCCGCCCAUUCAGUAUGGACCCACCCUGAAUGUGACAGCGCCGAGCUUCUCCGCCUCCUGCUUUUCUACACCUCUACCCUUCGGAAGGAAACACUGACGUUGGGCCUGACGGUGCUGGUGGACACCCGCAGAGCCCCCCCAGCACCAGCGUUAUUCUCAGCCCUCGGAUUGCUGCAGGAAGACCAUCCCGGCUCCAUCCAUGCGGUUUUAAUCCUGGCUAUCAAAGACUCCUGCCUUCAUUUGGACAAACCUGCAGCCACACCGGUGGAGGUGGUGAGCUCUUUGAAGUCUCUGCAGAAACACGUGGAGCUCCAGCAGCUUCCUGCAGACUUUGGAGGAUCCUUCAUCUUCAGUCAGAGCAGCUGGAUCGCCUUCAGAACCAGAGUCCAGCAGCUGACCAAUCAGUGCAAUUCUGUGGUGGACCUCCUGCAGAAAGCCAUCAGGGCCCUUCAAGGCACACCUUUACCUGCUGUUGCCACGGACGCUCAGGUUCUGCUGUCCAGGGACGAGGCUGUGAUGCACAGCAUCCUGCAGGACGCCCGCCUGUUGCAGCUGCAGCAGGAGGGCGGAGCCUCUCUGUCCUGGCUGCGGCGGGAGGAGGCCGGCGGUGCGUCAGAGCAGCAGCGAGAGGCGGUGAGGGCGGUGGCGUCCCUGUACGAUCAGGUGGAUGAGCUGCUGCACUGCCUGGUGACUCUGUCCAACUCCAGGACCCAGGAGAUCCACUUCAUCCUGGACUUUUGGAACCUGGAGGACGGCUUCAGCCAGGUGAGGGCGUGGCUAGAGGAGGAGGGGGAGGUCCAUCUGAAGACUCUGGAGGAACCGGCAGAUUCUCUGGAGCUUCUGAACAAAAAACAGCUGGACUUCAAGGAGUUCUACGCCACCGCAUAUGACCAGUGUAAGCGAGGGGAGGAGCUUCUGGGCCGCCUGGAACGCUGGAACGACAUGUCCUCAUCCAACCUCCAGGCUUACGAGCUGAAGGUCCACUCCUUCUGGGCUCAGCUCCAGGACUUCUCCCAGCGGGUCAAGAGCACCGGGCAGAACAUCGAGCGGACCGUGCAGCUGUACUGCUUCCUGGACCAGGCGUACGCCUGGGCGUUUGAGGGGAUGCGUCAGCUGGCGGCGAUCAGCAUGGACGACUGCACACAUCCCGAAACGUGCAGCGCCGCGAUUGGCCGUCUGGAGGAGUACCGCCAGAAGCACCCGCCCAUCCCAGACGCCCGCUUCCAGGAGAUGAAGGCGGAGGCGGGCGAGCUGCGGGGGGAGCCCGGCCUCUACCAGUGGAGCUUCGCGUGGUCCAAGUGCCAGGAGACCCGGGCGACGUUGGAUCGGAAGAUGGAGGCGGCCCUGAGGACUCGGGACUCCGCCUAUCGGCGCCGCUCUGACUCCUCUGCUAGCUUAAGCUCCACCUCCUCCAGAAGAACUCUGUCUGGACUCUGGGCGAGUCGGAAGAACAGCACCUGCUCCCCAGAGGAGGGGCCAAGCUCCUCCCCACCUGUCACCCCACAGCACACGCCGCUCCUGCAGCGUCUGUUCCGCAGCUCCUCCUCUGAGGAGUCGGCGGAUCAGGGGGACGUCUCCACGCCACGUUUUUCCCGCCUCAACUCCUCCCCCAGCUUCAGCCCCCCAUGCUCCUCUCCCUCCUUCCUCUCCUUCAGCAGGAGGCAGCAGCUAAGAAAGACUCAGAGCUUCGACUGCCCCCCCACCCCCCAGGGGCCACGCUGCGGCCCGUCCCCCCGCACCCUCAGUGAACCGCCCCCCCGGGGAAACACGGGCGUGUUCAUCCGCGGCCUGGAGGUCAGCAGCACCGCGGCGGCCGACCGCGCGCUCUGCUCCAGGACGGGGGCCCAGAGCUGGGCCGGACCCCCCCCGGAUACCCCAGGGACCCCCGCGGGCGACGCCCGCCCCCGAGGAAGGAAGCUGCGGCACAUCGUGGAGGAGAUGGUGACCACGGAGCGCGAGUACGUGCGCUCGCUGCACUACAUCAUCCACCACUACUUCCCAGAGAUGGACCGGGCCGACCUCCCCCAGGACCUGCGGGGGAAGCGCUCCAUCGUGUUCGGGAACCUGGAGAAGCUGCUGGACUUCCACAGCCAGUUCUUCCUGAAGGAGCUGGAGGCGUGCUGGAGACACCCCCUGAGGGUGCCGCACUGCUUCCUGAGACACCAGGAGCAAUUCAGCCUCUAUGCCCUCUACAGCAAGAACAAACCCAAGUCCGAUGCUCUGCUGGCCAGCCAUGGACACGCCUUCUUCAGGAGGAAACAGCUGGAGCUCGAAGAUAAGAUGGACCUGUCUUCCUAUCUGCUGAAGCCUAUCCAGAGGAUGAGUAAGUACGCUCUGCUCCUCACUGACCUCAUGAAGGAGGUGGGCGUGGCCCAGGAGGCGGAGCUCGGUGCACUGCAGGCUGCCACCAGCAUGGUGAAGUUCCAGCUCCGGCAUGGCAACGACCUGCUGGCGAUGGACGCCAUCCGGGACUGUGACGUGAACCUGAAGGAGCAGGGUCAGCUGAUCCGCCAGGAUGAGUUCACUGUCUGGAGCGGCCGGAGGAAAUGCCAGCGUCACGUCUUCCUCUUCCAGGAACUCGUCCUCUUCAGCAAACUCAGGAAGGUGGAGGGGGGGCUGGACGUCUUCAUCUACAAGCAGUCCUACAAGACUGCAGAUAUCGGGCUGACCGAGUCGACGGGGGACAGCGGUCUGAGGUUCGAGAUCUGGUUCAGGAGGAGGACGUCCAAGAACCAGACCUUCAUCUUUCAGGCGCCCUCGGCGGAGGUCAAGCGAGCGUGGACGGGCGACAUCGCCCGGAUCCUGUGGACCCAAGCGACCCGCAACAAAGAGAUGCGUUUGAAGGAGAUGGUGUCCAUGGGGGUGGGGAGCAAACCGUUCCUGGACAUCCAGCCGAGCGACGCGGCCAUCAGCAACCGCGCCGUUCACAUCAUGAAGACCAGAGGAGCCAGAACGCGAGCGUCCAUCGCUGUCUCCGCCUUUGACCACUCCCACCCAUUUCAGAGGGGCGCCGUGACCCCAGAGGGCCCGGCUUCAGGACCAUCUUCUUCUAGUCUGCUGGGGCCACUGAAUCUGCACAUGUAUGGACAUGACACACACCUGUGCAGUGAAUCCCUCCCGCCUCCCGACUCCUCUUUCAGCUCCUGCAUAGAGGAAGACGAGCAGGAACAUGAAACAAGCAGCCAGCCCUCCAUGACCACGGAGAGCUCCGGUUCGUCCUCCCGCUGCCUGUCUGGCUCCACGGGCUCCGACAGCGGCUGCGUCUCCUCACACCUGCAGGAGGCGCUGCCUGGUGACACCAACCCCAUCCAGGCCCUUUCCUCCCCCUCCUCCUCAAACAAGCCACACCUCAACUACCUUACAGCUGAUGCUGCUGCCGUGGUCGGCCCGGCCACAACCCUCUGACCGUUAGUGCUGUGAGUGUGGCGGCGUUUGCGUGCAGACGCAGACUCUGUGGCUGUUGGCGUGUCUGCAGGUUCCUCUGGAUGUUGGAUGUUCGUGCUGUAAAUACCUUGCUGGUUUCCUCUCAGCUGGUUCGGCUCGAGUCUCGGAUCGUCCGGACCGACCAAUCGCAGCAGAGCUUCACUUUUCUAUUAAAGGCGUUUGUUUUCAA